ACCCAGGUACACAGAGUGCCGUACGACACCUGAGUGACAAGCUGUCACAACGACAACUAGCUGGCGGGGGCAUAACAUCUGCAUGUCUGGAUACUGGACCGAAAUGCAGGACGGCUGCUGCUACUACUGACUGAAUUUCUUUUUGUAAAAAGCCAAGAUUAGUUUCGGUCAAGGAAAAGAAUUAUAGUUGUCUUCUAAAAAACAGAACGUGGAGAGGAGUCAACAUGCCGACCGGAUCAGUAAGACUCCAAAGUAUUAAAAAACUGGGCCAGGAAAACAAAAGCUAUGAGUUUUCAGAUGAAGAACCAGCUGGCUCCUACAUGAGCAUGACACCUUCCAAAGACAACGAGAAAGGUCAGAGAAAUGCGGAGCAACCAGCCAUAAGAGUUGGCUUCUUUCAGCUGUUCCGGUUUGCCACAUGCAACGAGGUGCUGAUGAUGGUGAUGGGCAGUGUGUGCGCUGUGCUGCACGGCUCGGCCCAGCCCCUCAUGCUGCUGGUUUUUGGCCUGCUCACCGACACCUUCAUCGACUACGACAUUGAGCUCAACGAGCUGAGCGACGACAGGAAGGAGUGCGUGAACAACACUAUCCAGUGGAAGAGGAACUACACCGGAGGUCUGAGCCCAACGCUGAACCAGUCAGGCUGGAGCCUCAUUAACAAUUCAACAUGGGAGAUGCUCACACCGCUCAAGAACAUGUCAUGUGGGGUUCUCGACAUUGAAUAUGAAAUGACCAAAUUUGCCUUCUAUUAUGUUGGAAUUGGAGCAGCUGUGUUCUUGCUGGGAUACUUUCAGAUUUCCCUCUGGGUGACGGCCGCUGCCAGGCAGAUUCAGGUCAUCAGGAAAAUGUAUUUCAGUAAAGUGAUGAGGAUGGAGAUCGGCUGGUUUGACUGCACCUCCGUAGGGGAGCUGAACACUCGCAUGUCAGAUGAUAUCAACAAGAUCAAUGAUGCCAUUGCGGAUCAAGUUGCCAUUUUUUUGCAGCGCUUCACCACCUUUGUGUGUGGUUUCUGCAUUGGCUUUGUGAAAGGAUGGAAGUUAACACUCGUCAUUGUCGCAGCAAGUCCACUGAUCGGUGUUGGAGCUGGUCUUAUGGCUCUGUUCAUUGCUAAGCUGACAGGGAUGGAGCUGCAGGCCUACGCCAAAGCUGGAGCUGUAGCCGACGAGGUCCUCUCAUCCAUCAGGACUGUGGCUGCUUUUGGUGGCGAGCUGAAAGAAGUGAAAAGGUAUGACAGGAACUUGAUCUCAGCACAGCGCUGGGGCAUCAGAAAAGGUCUGAUCAUGGGCUUUUUCACCGGAUAUAUGUGGCUGAUCAUCUUUCUGUGCUACGGUCUGGCAUUCUGGUACGGCUCCAGUCUGGUGGUGGACGCUGGGGAGUAUUCACCAGGAACACUACUGCAGGUGUUCUUUGGUGUUUUGAUAGCAGCCAUGAAUUUGGGACAGGCCUCCCCAUGUCUGGAAUCAUUUGCUGCAGGUCGUGGAGCUGCUACCAUCAUUUUUGAGACUAUUGACAGAGAGCCUGAGAUUGAUUGUUUGUCUGAGGCUGGAUAUAAGCUUGACAGGGUCAAAGGAGAUAUCGAGUUUCACAAUGUGACCUUCUACUACCCCUCCAGACCUGAAGUCAAGAUCCUGGACCAGCUCAGUGUUGCAGUGAAGUCAGGGGAGACCACAGCCUUUGUCGGUCCGAGUGGAGCUGGAAAGAGUACUGCCAUUCAGCUUAUCCAGCGCUUCUAUGACCCUAAAGAGGGAAUGGUGACCCUGGACGGUCAUGACAUCAGAGGGCUGAACAUCCAAUGGCUGCGCUCGCUGAUUGGCAUUGUGGAACAGGAGCCUGUGUUGUUUGCCACCACCAUCGCUGAGAAUAUAAGAUAUGGUCGACCUGGCGUCUCCAUGGAGGAUAUCAUUACUGCUGCGAAGGAGGCCAACGCCUACAACUUCAUCAUGGACCUGCCACAGAAAUUUGACACCUUGGUGGGGGAGGGUGGAGGUCAGAUGAGUGGUGGUCAGAAGCAGCGUAUUGCCAUCGCCCGAGCGCUGGUCAGGAAUCCUCGUAUCCUGCUGCUGGACAUGGCAACCUCCGCCCUUGACAACGAGAGUGAGGCUGUAGUUCAAGAAGCUUUGGAUAAAGUACGCAUGGGUCGCACCACCAUCUCUAUCGCUCAUCGGCUGUCCACCAUAAAGAAUGCUGAUGUGAUUGUUGGCUUUGAGCACGGCCGAGCUGUGGAAAAGGGCAAACACAAUGACCUGCUGGAGAGGAAGGGGGUCUACUUCACUCUGGUCACCCUACAAAGCCAAGGAGACAAGGCUCUGAAUGAGAAGGCUCGCCAAAUGACUGACAAAGAAGAAGAGCCUGCAAGGCUGUCCAGAGCAGGCAGCUACCGUGCCAGUUUGAGAGCCUCGAUCCGCCAGCGGUCCCGAUCUCAGCUGUCCAAUCUGAUCCCAGAGUCUUCAGUUCCCAUUGCCGGAGAGCUUGGCCCCAGAGCCUAUGCUGUGUCACAGGCAGACAAAUCCAAGAAUGCCAUCCCAGAGGACGAGGAGGAUGAAGCUGUGGAGCCUGCCCCAGUUGCCAGGAUUCUGAAGUACAAUUUACCUGAGUGGCCCUAUAUGCUUUUUGGAUCCUUUGGGGCUGCCAUAAAUGGAGGAGUCAACCCCGUCUACUCUCUGCUGUUCAGUCAAAUCUUGGCGACAUUCUCAUUAACAGAUCCAGUGGUUCAGAGGAGGGAGAUUGAUAGCGUCUGCGUGUUCUUUGUCAUGGUCGGUGUGGUCUCUUUCUUCACCCAAAUGCUGCAGAGUUAUGCCUUCUCAAAGUCCGGAGAGCUGCUGACCCGCAGGUUAAGGCGGCUUGGCUUCCAUGCCAUGCUUGGCCAAGAGAUCGGCUGGUUUGAUGAUCACAGAAACAGCCCAGGAGCUCUGACUACACGUCUGGCGACUGAUGCUUCACAAGUUCAAGGAGCCACGGGCUCACAGAUUGGCAUGAUCGUCAACUCUUUGACCAACAUUGGCGUGGCCGUCCUCAUGUCCUUCUACUUCAGCUGGAAGCUCACACUGCUCAUCCUCUGCUUCCUGCCGUUCAUUGCUCUGUCGGGUGGCUUCCAGGCUAAAAUGCUGACAGGGUUCGCGAAGGAGGACAAGCAAGCCAUGGAGGCGGCCGGACGGAUUUCCGGUGAGGCUCUAAACAACAUCCGCACCAUCGCAGGCCUGGGGAAAGAGAAGAAUUUCGUGGACAUGUACGAGGCCCAGCUAGACGCUCCGUAUAAAGCAGCCCUGAAGAAGGCAAAUGUGUAUGGAGCCUGCUAUGGUUUUGCUCAGUGCAUCGUCUUCUUGACCAACUCAGCCUCCUACAGGUUUGGAGGUUACUUAGUGCGACAGGAGGGGCUUCAUUUCAGCUUGGUAUUCAGGGUCAUCUCAGCCAUCGUCACCAGUGGCACAGCCCUCGGCAGAGCUUCCUCUUACACACCAGACUACGCCAAGGCCAAGAUUUCUGCAGCACGUUUCUUCCAGCUGCUGGACCGUGUGCCUCAGAUCAGCGUCUACAGCGAAAAGGGAGAAAAAUGGGAUAACUUCCAAGGGAACAUUGACUUCAUUGACUGUAAGUUCACGUACCCCACCAGGCCAGACAUCCAGGUCCUGAAUGGGCUGAAUGUGUCAGUGAAGCCCGGCCAGACUCUGGCCUUUGUGGGCAGCAGUGGCUGUGGGAAGAGCACCAGCGUGCAGCUGCUUGAGAGGUUUUAUGAUCCUGACCACGGCAAAGUGCUGAUUGAUGGCCACGUCUCGACUCGUGUCAAUGUGCCCUUCCUGCGUUCCAAGAUUGGCAUCGUGUCCCAGGAGCCCAUCUUGUUUGACUGCAGCAUCGCAGAGAACAUCAAGUAUGGUGACAACUUGCGGGAAAUCAGCAUGAAUGAGGUCAUCUCCGCCGCCAAGAAAGCCCAGCUUCACAACUUUGUCAUGUCACUCCCUGAGAAAUACGACACAAACGUCGGCGCCCAGGGUUCUCAGUUGUCUCGCGGUCAGAAGCAGCGCAUCGCCAUCGCCAGGGCGAUCAUACGUGACCCCAAGAUCCUGCUCCUCGACGAGGCCACCUCUGCCCUGGACACGGAGAGCGAGAAGACAGUGCAGGAUGCCCUGGACAAAGCCAGAGAGGGACGGACCUGCAUCGUUAUCGCCCAUCGCCUGUCUACCAUUCAGAACUCUGACAUUAUUGCCGUCAUGUCCAGAGGCUUUGUCAUCGAGAAAGGAACACAUGACCAGCUAAUGGCCCUGAAGGGAGCCUACUACAAACUGGUUACCACAGGAGCACCUAUCAGCUAACUGCUCAAACUGCAGCCAAUUAGCAAGAUGAGCAAGGCCAGGCAUGGAAGUAUGUAUGCUUUAAAUCACUGAGUAUGUAAAAAAACAAACAGAAGAUACGUCUGUUCAUUCGGACAGUAUUUAUUUUUGGUGGGGAUCCGGUCAUGACGACAGGGAUUUUGUUUGUUGGGGGUAUUUUAAUAGUUUAUUUGUUUUCUGGUGGCAGUUUAUCUCUUGGAUUUUGGGUUUGUUGGUUUAGACAAAAUAUACCCCUUCCUUCAACAAAAUGUACAAGAGACUGAUGAGAAGAUACAUACAUUGAGGGUAAUAUUUUCUCAUCUCAGCAUGGAAGCAGAUAUGUUUCCCCAUUUGUCACACUAUUGCUUUUUACAUUUUACUGGGCGGAAACCAUUACAAAUAACAUAAUGUUGUAUCUUAUGUACAGUGGAUUAUGUGCUUCUCAAUAAUUCAGUUUAAUUGCUCCAUGAACUGUAGUUCCCCUCCCAGCUCGUGAAUGUGUUCAUCUGAUUGUGACUCUAAUGCUGUACGGAUGAUUCUAUUUUUUAUGUUUUAUGUGAAACUCCAAACUAUCAAAGUGUCUGAGCUUGACUGAGCCGUGUAUAGUAUUAAUGUGAAUAUGAGGAACGAGAGAUGGCCUCAUUUAUCAAGCGUGUCCCAGUGAGCUCUGAUAAACUGCCUGCUUGUGGUCUUAACGGAGCGACUGAAAAUACAUCACACAAGUCGGGAACUUGCAGAUACUGUGUGUGUGGGCAUUGGAACAUAGCUAAUGUAUGAAAUCUGUGUAUUUCACCUUCUUUGCAGUAACAUUUUAGCUAAUGAAAACCAGAUUUUUUUUUCAUAGCUUUGAAAAAUGUAAUUAUUUUGUGAUAAAAGCAGCAAUUAAAUCAAAACUUUUCUGGUAUACUAUAAACAACUUAAAAACUGUAACAAAAAUUCUACCAAACAUCAGCCUACCUGUAUGGUGUUCUUAAUACAGUUCUGUUAGUCACAUA